ACUAAUUUGACAGAACAACACUUGGGUCCACAUCACUUUCUGACAUAAUCUAUCUUCACUUACUUCAGUCAUGUCUCAGCAGCAGAUCAGCCUUCCAGCCAAGCUCAUUAAUGGCGGUAUUGCCGGCAUUGUUGGGGUCACUUGUGUCUUCCCCAUUGACUUGGCAAAGACCAGGUUGCAGAAUCAGAGACAAGGUCAGCAGGUCUACAAGAACAUGAUGGACUGCCUUGUCAAAACAGUUCGAUCUGAAGGCUACUUUGGCAUGUACAGAGGUGCUGCUGUCAAUCUGACCCUGGUUACCCCUGAGAAGGCAAUUAAGCUAGCGGCUAAUGACUUCUUCCGCCAUCACCUUGCCAAAAAUGGAAAGGGGCUUACAGUGUUCAAAGAGAUGCUGGCAGGGUGUGGCGCAGGCAUGUGCCAGGUCAUUAUCACCACACCCAUGGAAAUGCUCAAGAUACAGCUACAGGAUGCAGGCAGGCUGGCGGCCCAGCAGCAGAAACCAGUCAUGAUGUCCCCCACCAAGCUGCUGGCCACAAACACCGUGCUUAGCCGCGCCUACAACUCUGGUGCAGUGGCCUCAGCACCACGAGCUGUGUCAGCCACACAGAUCGCAAAGGAACUGCUUCAAACCCAGGGUAUCCCGGGACUCUACAAAGGUCUAGGGGCGACACUGAUGAGGGACGUUCCAUUUUCUGUUGUCUACUUCCCUUUGUUUGCCAACCUGAACCGCCUGGGCAAACCCAGUCCAGAGUCGUCGUCACCCUUCUACUGGGCUUUCUUCUCAGGCUGUGUGGCAGGAUCUACUGCUGCAGUGGCUGUGAACCCCUGUGAUGUGGUGAAGACCAGACUGCAGUCACUGAACAAAGGCUCCAGUGAGGAGAUUUACAGUGGAGUUGUGGAUUGUGUGAGUAAAAUCCUGCAGAAGGAGGGACCCUCUGCCUUCCUGAAAGGUGCAGGCUGCCGGGCUCUCGUCAUUGCUCCUCUGUUCGGUAUUGCACAGGUUAUGUACUUUAUCGGUGUUGGAGAAUACAUCCUGGACAACUCGCCUCUAAGGCUCUUGUCCCCAUGAGACCAUGUCGGCUUUGCUGACUGUCUAUGCAUAGGACCACCUUGAGUGUGAAUGAUGGAACAAGUGGCAGCCACAUCCCACCAGUUUACAGCAAAACCAGUUAAACAAGUCUGGUCUAGUUGAGUUACACUUUGUAAGGACCUCUCACUUCAUCUUCUGUAUGGUCUGACAGCUGUGUAGCACUGAAACACUAUAGUGACCUACUCAGUAUGUUUGCACUUGAAGUUCUUGGCCUUACUGGGUUGUGGGACUCAGUUGCGGUGUCAUGGUUCUGAGAGAGUCCUCUUCCAUUUCCCUCUGUGAGGGAGGGCGCUCACUGCAAUCAGUAAGACAUUUUAGUUUUCUUCCAUGCUAACAUGUUCCAUAUUAUUUUAAAAUGCUGAACAUGAGCCUGUGAUACCUUUCUUUGUAUGUUUUUCCUUCCUUUUCCAUCCGUCUCAUGUUACAAAGCCUUCCAAGUUUCGAACAAAGGCUUUUGACGGGGGAAAUACAUUGGACCCAAUUACACAACUUGUUGGAAGGGUUCUUUUUGUUGUUGUUGUUGUGUUUUUUUUUUUAGUAAUGGAGUGUACAUGAAGCUUUUACUGACAUGGGACCAUAAGGUUUGCAAAAUCAUAAAUAGCCUCCUGUUACAUAUUUGAUUUUAGCCCUACCAUUGUCUAGCAGUCUGUGAACCACUUUUAUAUCUUUCUGUCUGGAAGAAAAACUUGAGAUGCAUUCAUGCACAUUAUAUAUGUUUGUGUACAUAACGCUCAUAUGCUACACAUGGAUACCUACGAGUUCCUUUUGGUGUAUGCCUUACCAGAGCAGAGUAGCAUUUUUCUCUCGAUGCUCUGGGCAAAAAAAAAAUUACUGUGACCAUGUUAACAAUGACUGUUACUAUACUUUGUGAUGGUUUUUGUACAUGCUAUGCAUUAAAAUUAGCAAUGCACUUAA